AUGAGUGAGUGCCUGCACUCCACGACAGACUCUGCCACGUGCCGUGGCUCACUGCGACUGCACUGGUGGCUUGUUGAGCGCCUCAGUGGUUCUGGUGCAUUCCUGGGGCUGUCCCUUGUGUUCGGCUAUGGCGCCUCGCUGCUCUGCAACCUCAUCGGCUUCGCCUACCCCGCAUACGUCUCCAUCAAAGCCAUCGAGAGCUCCAACAAGGAGGAUGACACCACGUGGCUGACAUACUGGGUGGUGUACGGCGUCUUCAGCAUAGCCGAGUUCUUCUCCGACACCUUCCUCUACUGGUUCCCCUUCUACUACGCUGGGAAGUGCCUGUUCCUGCUGUGGUGCAUGGCCCCCGUGUCCUGGAACGGGUCGCAGGUGCUCUACCAGAACGUCAUCCGGCCCUGCUUCCUCAGGCACCACCAGACCGUGGACAACGUGCUGGGCAACCUCAGCACCAAAGCCCUGGAUGCGGCUUCCAGCGUCACCCGAGAAGUCCUCCACACUCUGGUCAGCAGCAGAGCCCGGCUGACGGCUGAGGUGGCACCGCAGCUCAGCCUGUCUGUAUCCCCUGCGCCUGAGGCCGCCCCGUGA